AGCGGUCACACUCGAAGCCGAAUAUCGAAACCGAAACACAUCACGCGGGCGAAAUUUCGUGAGAAUCAUCAUUUGCAAAUUUCUCUCUCUGUGGCAUAUGUGUGUUUGUACGAAAUAGCAGCCGAAAAUCGAGGUGCGAGAGUACGUAUAAAAACGCGUGCGUUCCUCCUCUAACAUACAGUGAGUGUGACCGUUGUAUUUGUAACCUGUGCCUGUGUUUGUGGCCACUGGAGGAUCAGUCGACGAAGAUUUCGAAUAAUACCGGCACGAUAAUAUAAAAGUAUUAUAACCACGCAUCAAAUCCAAUUUUUAGCAUUUUAACUGAACCACAAAAGUAAAAAAAACAUGACUGAAGUAGAGCAACCGCCACAGAAUGGCAUAGAUCCCACUGCCGGCGAGGACGAUGACAGCAACAAAGCACGUCCCGCGGAUAUUGAACAGGAUAUGCGCGAAAUGGAGCGUCGCAAGCGAGUCGAGGCCAUCAUGGGCUCGAAGUUGUUCCGCGAGGAGCUGGAGAGGAUCGUGGACUCGGCCCGCGACGGCGGAGCUGGUGCCAGUGGCAUCCUGCAGCAGCUAUCGGACAUUGUGGGCGUGCCGGUGUCACGUGUGGGCAGCGUCUUCAAGAGCAGCAACUGCAUGGUGCCCAUCAACGAUAUUCGCGGCGUCGAGUCCAUGGGCUACGCCAAGGGCGAGAAGAUACUCCGGUGCAAGCUGGCCGCCACAUUCCGUCUGCUCGAUCUGUACGGCUGGACCCAGGGUCUGGGGGCACAGAUCACCGCCCGACUCAAGGUCGACCAGGAGUACUUCCUGGUCAAUCCAUACGGCCUGCUCUACCACGAGAUCACUGCCUCGGCGCUGAACAAGGUUGACAUGCAGGGCCAGAUCGUGGAGCAGGGCACCACCAACUUUGGCGGCAACAAGAGUCACUUUGUCCUCCACUCGGUGGUACAUGCUGCCCGUCCAGACAUCCGUUGCGCCAUCUACAUUGGCUGCAGUCCGGUCGUGGCCAUUUCCUCGCUGAAAACCGGUCUGCUGCCGCUAACCAAGGAUGCCUGUGUGCUGGGCGAGAUCACCACGCACGCCUACACCGGCCUGCUCGACGAGGAGGAGCGCAAUCGCUUGGUCCGCAGCCUUGGUCCCAACUCCAAGGUGAUUCUGUUGGCCAACCAUGGUGCCCUGUGCUGCGGCGAGACCAUCGAAGAGGCCUUCUUCGCCGCCUGUCACAUUGUGCAGGCGUGCGAGACUCAAUUGAAGCUGCUGCCCGUCGGUUUGGAUAACUUGGUGCUGAUUCCCGAGGAGUCGCGAAAGGCCAUCUACGAGCAGUCGCGUCGCCCGCCAGAGGAUCUGGAGAAGAAGUUCGCCGCCGUCGCCUCUGGCGAGGAUAGUGCUGCCGCAGCUGAGAAGGAAGCGGCCGAGGCUGCCGUGCCCAAGGUGGGCAGUCCGCCCAAGUGGCGUGUGGGUGGUGCUGAGUUCGAGGCCCUGAUGCGCAUGCUGGACAAUGCUGGCUAUCGCACUGGCUACAUCUACCGCCAUCCGUUGAUCAAAUCGGAUCCUCCCAAGCCCAAGAACGACGUGGAGCUACCGCCAGCUGUUUCAUCUCUGGGCUACCUUCUCGAGGAAGAGGAGCUCUUCCGUCAAGGAAUUUGGAAGAAGGGAGAUCUGCGAAAGGGCGGCGACCGCAGUCGGUGGCUCAACUCACCGAACGUUUAUCAGAAGGUCGAGGUUCUGGAGACCGGCACUCCGGAUCCCAAGAAGAUUACAAAGUGGGUGGCCGACAAUUCCCCCUCCCACUCAACGCCAGUGAGGAUAGAAGAUCCGCUCCAGUUUGUGCCUGCAGGAACCAACACGAGAGAGUUCAAGCGAGUCCAGCAACUAAUUAAGGACAAUCGCCGGGCGGAUAAGAUUUCCGCCGGACCACAGUCGCAUAUUCUGGAGGGCGUUACAUGGGACGAGGCAAGCCGACUCAAGGAUGCAACAGUGUCGCAGACCGGCGACCAUGUUGUCAUGAUGGGCGCCGCUUCCAAGGGAAUUAUCCAGCGUGGAUUCCAGCACAACGCCACGGUUUACAAGGCUCCAUAUGCCAAGAACCCAUUCGACAAUGUCACGGACGAUGAACUCAAUGAAUACAAGCGCACAGUGGAGCGCAAAAAGAAAUCGGUGCAUGGCGAAUACACGGAUACAGACUUUUCGGAAUCGGAGGCAGUCCUGCAGGCGGGGACAAAGAAAUACCCUCAAAGCGAACCAGAGACCGAGCACCAGGUCAUUGAGAUCCAAACACAACAAGCGCCAGUUCCCAGGCAGGCGGAAGUCGUCCUUAGCGAUGGAGAUAAAAACAAAAACGAGUAUCAGAUAGAUGAGGAGGACAAGGAGAACCACCUCCAAGGGCGGGACAGGAACGUUUCUGGCAACAGCAAAUGCCGGCGGGACCUGUUUCCAUCCGUGGGCGAGGAUCAUAAUCUGCAGGAGCAGCUUUACUCCUAUGUCUAUGCAACAUCUACAUUUUUGGGUCAGUGCGCCCAACCGCAGGUGUGCUCUGCAUUGCUGCGACCUUUUUACUGCGAGCAGUUGGGCUACUUGGCCAGUUGCUAUCGCGGUGGAUCGGCGGCCUCGAGUGCCACCACCCAGAGUACCUGCACCGUGACCAGCACCACGGGCUCUUUCACCACCUCUCGUCGUCCGUUGCAGCAGGCGAAUAGGAUGCAGCCAUCGCCCUACCGCACGGGUUCCCAUUUCGGAUUUAACUCGCCACGCCAGCCGCCUCGCACCGAGCACAAGCAUGUGCCCAGGGAGCGGGAGCAGCCGGCCCUCAGUUACCGGCCCAUGCAGCGUGGCUUUAGCUACGAGGAGAUCUUUGCCACUCCGCGCUACGAGAAGCUGUGCCAGACUUGCUUUGACAAGCUGCUGCGUCUCAAGCCGGAGCUCCUAAAGAACGGAAGCGCAACGGCAGCCAGCAGCUGUGCCGCCGAUGAGUUGACCAGUCCCGGGAGCACUCCCAGACAGCGCCACCAACUGCAAACGCUGCCCGAGCUAACCGAUGGCUUUGCGGAAAUGCUGAUGCUGCUGCCCCAACGUCCAAGGAUCCAACGAAACGCCUACACACAGACUCAAGAAUUGUCCGCCUCCUCGUCCGUCUCGAAUUUCCUUACCCAGAUCGAAAAGUUUAACUUCUCGGAAGAAUCGACCAAUGUUAAUUUUUCCCAAGGUCAUGUAAAUAGUGAUAUUAGUCUGGGAUUGAUGGUGGAGCAGGCUACAUCAAGUGCUGGAGCAAGUGCUACGAGUGCUCCUCCCCAACGGAUUUACCACCCGAAGAACCCAGACAUUACCGAAGUGUGGAGCUUUGGUCGAUGGUUGGAACCCCAGGACCAACUGAUAUCGGGCAAUCCAGAUAAUAUUGUCCAACAGCCGCUUACGGAGCAUCGCAUUACUGUAGAGAUAAAGGAGAGCUUCACUCCCGAUGAGCAGAACAAUGAUCAGCAAGUCGAUCGACAAUUGAUGUCCCGCGAAGAGCGGCAGCGUCGCAAGUCUGAGUUCGAGGAGCUGUGGCAGGAUCAUGUCGAGUACUAUGGAGCCAAGGAGCAGAUGCAGCGGGAGGAGCAGUAUAUGUCCGAUGAUGAACAAGAAGAAAGAUCAGUAAAGGUUCAGGAUCAAGUCGACCCGACGGAAAUUACAAAUGAGCAAUCAGACAAUGUCCAAGGUGAAAUCCUGACGGAGUCAAGCGAUGAGCUAACGAAAAUUCUGCAGCAGUUCGAGGAAAGUCUUACUGUAGCUGGUGAAAACCUGGAAAAGCUGGUGACCACCACCAAGAAACUCCAGGCACUGGACACCGAUCUAUCAGCUGUGACUUCGAGCAGUUCCACUGCUGAAAAACAACCAGCCGCCGAUGGUGGUUCACUAUUUCGAUCGAUCAGUUUGGAGAACAUUCUCAACGCCGAUGACACUUCGUCUAUAGAGGAACCACAUCCUGAUGAGCCCGCCAACGCCAGCAGCAGUAAUUGCAGCGAAGUGGAGACAGAUUUACACAGCAACUUGGAGCAGGAGGAAAAGCACGACGAAGAGAAGCCAGUGACUCCCGUUUCCAUGGAGGCAGAGGAGUCAACUGAUAAGGAAAAGGAGCGCGAAGACGACAAAGACAUCGAUGAAAAUGAACUAGAUGUCGAGAUGGAGAACCAAGAAAGUCAAGAACGGUCAUCGUCCUUGGGGCCGGAAAACAUGUUUUUUACGCCGCUGGAGCGUGAAGUCCUUCAGCGCAUUGAGGAUGAAAGGCUCAGCGAGGCGGAGCCGAUCUUUGGAAAGAUUGACCACAGUAUUCGCAACAAGAUGACGCCCAAGAAGCUGCAGGACUUGGUCAGCGAGGAGAUCUUUCGCACUCGCACGCACAUCUACCCGAAUCCAAGCACACCGCUGCCGAGAGAUGCGCCACUUGACACUACACUGACUGCGAGCGACUCCUCCCUGUCGGCUCAUAACAUCAGUGCCCCCUGCAGCUCGAUGGCGCAUACCCGCCUCAUCCUCCGGCCCACGCCGCGCAUGUCGCGUUCCUGGUCGGAGGAUCAGCAAAACGAGGAAGAGAAUCGAGACAGGGACAAGCAGGAGAAUCAAGAAGAAAUGUCUACUGAGGAGGAGGCUCGUUUGGAGCGUGUGAUGUCCUCCACGACUUUCGUGUGCCGCAGCAGUCCGCGUAGAAAGCGCAACUUUAUCCAGGAGAACAUUCGCAAUGCGAGCAGACCGCGAAGUGCUGCCGGUUCGGUAAGGAAGCAUAGAAGCAGCAACUUAGUGGGUGCCCCGCGAGCCGGAUCGAGUCCCUCCUCGGUGUGUGCCUUUCAGUGCGGCCAGCGGGAUAGUGGCGCCCGUCUCUGGGUUUCCCUGCCAACGCCGCCGCGAAAGGCAGUUGGUCAAAAGCGAAGCAGCACGACAAGUUCGGCGCGGGCUUUGUACUCUGUUCGAGGCAGUCUCUCCUCGCCGUUCGCCAAACGUCGCAAGCCUGUGGUUGUGCUUCCUCCCUUGCGACGUCCUCCGAAUACCGAGCUUUGUUCAUCCAAUUUAUCCCUACAUCAGACUCUGUCCAGCAGGACUUUCUUUGUCCACGACGGAGGCCAGGGAAAUGCUGAUAACAUUUCAACCAGCACCUUUCAGUUGGACGAAAGUGAAGAUGACUUCGAGAAAGGGGCUGCAGGGAGUCAGGAAGGAUCUCCCGAAGCGCAGGACAAAACGAAUGCCACCAACAGCUCCAUGUACUACAGCGCAAACGACAUUACGCAGGAGGCAGUGGAGCCAACACAGAAUAAUGGAGAGUUACCCGAAGACAAUCCAGAAUUUAUAAGCGUCCCAGAAGCCCACCUCUUCAGCAGGAUGGAGUUAAAUGAAGAAUUGCCCACUUCCCCGCCAGAAACUUUUAGUCACGUGGAGGAUGAAGCACCUCCAGCUGAAUUUCCACGGCUAGCAGCUGGAUCAGACGCACAGAAAUCGGAUGAUAAUACAGUGGAAAGUAAUUAUCCCAAAAAAGAAGAUACAUCAACGGAAAGGAUAAAGCAAAAGAAAAAAAACAAUGAAAACCGAGACGUAGAUCUCCUUUCCUCGGCAAACGAAUUAAACAGAAUGGAAAUCAGGGAUGACGAAUAUGAUAGUAACAGUGAUUACGACGAUGAGGAACUAAUCCGUGUGGAAAAGACCUCCAAUGAUAAAAAUGAUACUUAUAAUGACGACGAACCCUCGACUUCAAAGGCGGCAACGGAAAAGAAUCGAAUCAGCGGGGAAGAGGAGGAUGCCAAGGAUUCAUUUUCCAGCGAUGAUGACGACGCUGUUACCCUGGACACAGUUUGCACUGUGAUUGGUCUCCAAAUGUUUGUGCAGGAGGUGGAACCGAAUGGGGACAAUGUGGGAGAACCUAAAGUGCAGGAGGUUAAGGAUCGAGAAUUGUCAGAGUCAACGGUUGCAGAGGAGGUGGAAGAGCCUGGGGGAGUUUUUGAGGAUGAUUUUGCACAGGGAGAUCAUGAGGUGCAUGAUGCAGACCAAAUGAAAUCAGAAGUAGAUGAAGAAUUUACUGAAACAGACUGAAGAACAGAAGAAACCUUUGCUUUGGAACCCAUAACAUAUCCUUUUUUUUAAUAUUUCAUAUUUGCUUAUAAUUUUAACACUGCUUUCCAUUAUUUUUAACUUGACAAUUGAAUUCACCUUCUUAUUUCUUUGUAAUGUUUAUUAUUCAUUUCUUGAACUUUAUUUUGUAAUGUAAUGGGGUUGACAGGCCAACGGAAAUAAAAGUUUAAAUAUGCUACAUUUAUUCCUUCACUAGUAGCCAAGUACCAGUAGUUUAU